AUGUCGGCGCCCUCCAAGGAAGUGCCCAAGUUCUCGAGUUUUCGUGCAAAGAAACCUGCACCACAAGAACAGCCCUCACUGCCUCUUUCGACAUCUCUCAAGCGCCGGCUGACUCCCGAACGUGAAAAUGGCCCUGUCAAAUCUCACAGAAGCACACGUCCGGAGCAUUCGUCUCGUCGCCACCGUAGUCCAUCUGAACAUCGGUUGAAGAUAUCUGAUUCGCUUCGUCGUGAUCGGGGCCAACACCAUCAUGAAACCGAAACUACGACGACGGUGCGACACGACGAAACCUCCCAUCUCUUCGUCGUUGACCGAAACGGCGACCAUCAAAAUGCCGCUUAUGAAAGACUGCACAAGUAUAGUAUUCCUUCCUACCAUCGAGUGGGCUAUGGAAACAUUCUAGGCCUCAAUUCCAGGUUCAAGAUAGAUCGCGCCGAGAGCACCCCUGACAAGCUCGACAUUACUGACAAGUCUGCCAUCCUCAAGCAGGUCCCGCAGCGAUUGCUUCUGAAACGUCAACGGAACCAAGAACUUUCUGAUCUGCAUGUGCGUGACCAAGAUGAGCUAGAUCUGGCUCAAGAUUUCGUGGUCUUCCCACCUUCUGCCACUGACCAUGACCAACAACAACACGUGGGCGAUAGCUACGAUUCAUUCAGAUACCUCAAUCCGUCCACAGACUUUGGCCCCCGCAACUCUCAGCAGCGAGAAGCCCCAAAUGUUGCUCCAACUGCAGAGCAGCAGGUUCGCCAGCAUAAUGUUCAACUCGUCAGAGCUACCAAAUCAGAUCCCUCUGACCUUCAAGCCUGGAUCAACCUAGCAAACCAUCAAGAACAGCUCGUCAGCCCUGGUGCUGAUGCUCAAUCCUUGACAAACACAGAAAGGCAGACUCUAGCAGAUAUGCGCAUCGCUGUCUAUGAGAAAGCUCUGAAGCACUUCCCAACAAGCGAAGCAUCCAAACGUGAGCGUCUGGUGUCAGAAUUGUUAGAUGAAACAUCUCUUGCUUGGGACGUGCAGAAGUAUACACAAAAACUUCAAGAAGCUGUCCAACAAUAUCCUGAGAACUUCUCCAUCUGGAAUCGAUAUCUGAACGCUUGCCAGGCAAACCCAAUCGAUUUUCGCUUCGAAGAUGUCAAAGCAUUCUACGUCCGCAGCCUUCGCACGCUUGGCUCAAAGACUCAAUCAGGCCAUGAACCCGAGACUCGAAAUCUGCUGCUUUACAUAAUGCUGCGUUACACUGUUUUCUUAUUAGACACCGGUUAUGAUGAGCUUUCGAUAUCCACGUGGCAGGCUCUUGGCGAGUACCACUUGUUCAGACCAGCUCACCUCACCACUCGCGAAGACAGUCAGAUUCUUGCCGACUUUGAACAGUUUUGGGAGAACGAAGCCCCAAGAUUUGGUGAAGAUGGAGCGCAAGGAUGGUGUGAUACUCCUGAGGACGACUCAGUGGCGUCUGGUCUGCUGGAGUCUCUUCCCGAGGACGAACUUGAUUCGAAACUACCGUUCAGAUCCUUCUCAGGCUUGGAAAUGACCACGAGUAAGCUCUUACGACUCCCUGGGAGGACUAUGAACGAUACUGGUGCCGAUGAUCCGUUCCACGUCGUAUUCUUUUCCGACAUUCGCGACGUUCUUGAAGCAACAGCGGCUGGCCUCGACCACCUUGAUUUGCUCGAUGCUAUUUUGUGUUAUCUGGGCCUCCCUAGCGGAACAUGGGCAAUGACUACUGGCAGAGACACUCGACCUCAACCGAAGUGGCGAUCAGAUAUUCUGCUUCAAUGUGGUCUGCUGCAACUCGGCUCUUCGGCCAGUGAAGACGGUGGACAGCGUAUCGACAACUAUCAGAUAUCGACGGAUCUCUUAUUCUCCCGUGUCUUUCAACGUGUUUCUGUGCCGGUGUCUCAGGAGAGUGCUCACAAUCAACAGCCGACGCAGGAGAUCUUGCUUUUUUCUCGGCGAGUACUAUCAAGCAUGGUAAAAUACUUUCCCAGCAACGACGAUUUGGCCGAGUAUUAUCUAGCUUUCGAGCUUUCAUGCUUUCCUAAAGAGGCCUUGAAGGUGGCCAAGAGUAUUUUGAAGCAAAGACCAUCCAGUCCUCGACUUUACAAUGCGUGUGCCACAAUUGCAGCAAAGUUAGGUAUGGUUGAUAGGGCUACUCAGAUUUGGGCAGGCGCAAUCAACAUGAAGGAUAGUUUUCCGCACGAAGCACAGAAAGAGCUUGUCCUACUCUGGCGAGGAUGGAUAUGGUGCGAUCUGGAGAUCGAUCAACCGCACACAGCGCUAUCGCAUCUUGCAUCGUUCGGAAGCAGCAUGACUUUGGACAUCAGUGGAUCUGUUCCGAUGUCAAGUGCGACAAUCUUAAGGAUACGCAAUGCCUUCAAAGAUGGGUUUGAGCAUGCGCUCAGUCAAUCUCAGCUCAAGCUGGCUGCACUCAACGCUGAAAUGCUGGCGCUUGUUGCGUAUAUUACGGAACCAGAUGCACUGCAAGCAUCUGUGCAAUCAGUACAUGAGCAAUGCAAUGCAGCGCAACAGAGAUUUUCAGAUGAUCAUGCGCUCAUCGAGAUGUUACACCAAGUCAAGGCCGGUGUGAUAUCUUAUCAUAUCAGCAAAAGACGACCGUACAGGCCUGCUUUUGUGCGCUUUGAGCUCGAGACAAGUAUAGCGCGGUUCCCAGACAACACCAUUUUCCUCGAGAUGUAUCGAGACAAUGAAGUGCGGUUCCGGCUUGACGACAGGGUAAGAUCAAUACUCAAAACUCAAGUGCUCACUCACAGUCAGUCACCUCUUGUGACAUGGUCGUUCUCAAUUGACCAAGAAUUGGUUCGAUUCAAAAGUCAGUCUUCUGGCUCGACAGCGGAGUCGGUAAGAUCGACAUUCAACCGCGCAUUGAUGACCGUUGGAAGCCCUGUCAGAUAUUCACAGAUGCUCUGGGUGAUGUGGUUUCAGUUCGAGAAGCUACUAGCCCAGGAAGAAGCUACAAGCAGGUCUGCGGUGGGCAAAAGAAGUGUCGUCGAAAGGAAUCCUUUCCAGAAGUUAAAACAUGUCUUUCUCUCUGGCUUGCAUCAUCUUCCUUGGUCGAAGAACUGGGUCUUGAUGGGUCUGGAAACUUUUGAUAGAGACGAUGAAUUUUGCUGGAGCACUCAAGACCUGAAGAGGUUAUACCGUGUACUCACUGAGAGAGAGCUGCGCAUACGAGUGGACGGUCUCGAGAAUCUUCUCAACUCUGGGACUGGUCGCUAG